UUCUUUCAUUUGCAAAACAGAUUUUUUGUCAAAAUCAAAAAAAACAAAAACAAAACAAAGAAUGGCUUCCAUAAUUAAAUUUACCUUGAUAAUGAUAAUCAUCAUUAUAGCAAUUAUCAAUGUUAAUGGACAACAGCGAAGAAAAUCAUGUAAUAUGAAACAAAUUGAUUAUUGUUUAACAAAUUUUUAUUAUAAUCAAUAUGGUAUACCGAUUAAUGAACGACAAUUAAAACGAUCAUGUCAAACAACCAGAACAAUGUAUGAAUGUUUAAUGGAUUUUGGACAACGAUGUAUGUCAUCAGCAUUGCGUGAAACAUUCAUUCUGGUUUUGGAUAGUGUUACCAAACAAGUAUUCGAUAUUUGUUCGAAACCAAUCAAUCAUCCAGAUCGUUUGGAAAUAUUUCAUCAUGCCGCAUGUUUGAAUCGAAAUGCUCAAAAAAUUGGAAAAUGUUCGGAAAAAACACGUGACAUCCUUUUCUAUACAAUUGAAUCAUCAUUCUGGGAUCGUAUACCAAUAUUCUGUUGUAAUAUACGUUCAAUAUUUGAAUGUUCACGAUUGAAAACAAAAGAAUUAUGUGGUAAUGAUGCGGCAAUAUUUGCACAGGAUCGUUCGAAUCCAUUUCGACCAUUAUUCGAAGGAAUUUGUUCAUAUUAUCAACUUUCGACCCGUCAAUGUCGAAAUAGAAUGUUACCAUUUGGAUGGAAAACCAAUGAAGAUCCUCGAUCACCAAUCUAUCGAAUGAUAAAUUCAUUUUUUUAAUCAAAGACAAAAAGUAAGUAAGUAAAUAACAUUACGUAUCGAUUGAUCCAAAUUAUGAUAUUUAUUCAAACAGAAACGAUUAAAAAUUUCAUAACGAAUUGUCCAAUUUUUUUGUUUAUAUAAACCACUUAAUGGUCCAACACCGAUGCCAACAAUCAUUAUA